AUGGAACUUUACAGGAACCCGGAAGGUUCGAUGUCGAGUGUUUCCUUGCGCUCUUCCCGAGACUGGAACGCUGAAAUAAGGAAUGAGUUUGCCGACACUUCGGAAACCUGCUUCGUUCGCCUUGCCACACAGUAUGCUGCAGGAUAUCUCACGCUGAGCGAUUACUUAGAAGGCGUGCUGUCUCACUUGAGGAAAGGAGCGAUAAAGCAUAAGUGGGAUGUACCAUCAGAAGACUUCAGCGACUUGCUGGAGCUGGACCUCUUCGCGGGGGCUGUCAAAGCACGGCAUCUCGAUCCGACUUUCGUCCCCUUGGAAGAAAAUGACUACUCUCAGGCAAAACGCCUUGCUUCCAGAUCAUGGACCACAAAUGAUCCAGACGAGUUCGACCGGCUCGGUAGAGAGGACCAGAUCGACCCCUCAGCGUUGAUGCCGGAAAUUGCCGACUUUUUAUUGAUCAUCUGCUACGCAAAGCGACACACACUUCUGUUUAGACACCUAAUUAGUCUAUUGCCGGGGCCUCCUAACAGGUCUACUUUCGACUUUCUGAACCAGAGAUUGCUUCAGCCGCGAACCGCCUAUUGGACCAUAAUACACCAGCAUUCUCCGAAACAACAGAGCAAUUCGACAGACGAGAUAAUCAUGUGGACUGAUAUCCUUAACUUCGGCUGGGUACAUGAUCCCGUGAACGCGGAAACGCAGCGGUUCCUGCAUAUUGGCAUACACAGCCAAUAUCCUGACGUUGAGAGAGACGACAGUGUCGCGUUUGGGAGCCAGAAACUGAAGGACUUCCACCUCGCAUUGGCCUCGAGGGGACUCUACUGUGACAUGGCAUCACUUGGUGAUUAUCUGGCGAGUUGCAGGUCUCUCGACCAAGCUCUGGACCUCCUCGCAAUAUUCCCCGGGAACAAAGUCAGGCCUUCGGGCCGUGACUUAUACGAAUGGGAGUCUGGCGGCUUAGUGGGUAGUAUCGCCGGUUCCUCGACUCUGGACGGGAAGCUGCGGACGGACAUCAUGAGCCUCGCGCUUGAAUCCAUCGAAGGCGUGGAUGUCAAUGCCCCAUUCAACUCCAAUGCAUGGGAAGAUGACUUGCCGGGGAGGAAAAGAACGCCUCGCAUGACCGGUUUACAGGUCGCAGCGUCCAAAGGGGACCGAGAGCUUGCUGAGGUUCUGAUCCAGCACGGGGCCCGAUGUGAUGUAGUGGAGUACACGACAGGGUUAAACGCAGCGGGAUUUGCGAGGAACAACAGACAAGUGGACUUGGCGGAAUGGCUUGACGAUUUGUCCCAGAAGUAA